AGACUCAUAGUAAACCAUAUCCAUGCCACUGCUGUAAGCCAAUUGCCUCCAAGAGCAUCUGUUUUUCACCAUGCCAACGUGUCGACGUAAACGUGUCGUUCUCAUGCAACCCUCGGACGCUGUGAUGCAGGGUGCAAAGACCAAUCCUGAUCAUGAAGUCUACUUUCUCCAGCAGACAGGUGAAAUAUUUGAAAGCUACGAAGCAUAUGCUUCGCGGAUGUCCUUCUACAAACUCAAGCAAUUCCAAUGUGAAGUAACGGGGAAGAGCGGACUUGAUUAUUUCCAAGCGGUAGAUAGUGAGCAGCUGGAGGCGCGAACCAUGCACUCCCGAUUCCCCGAACCCUUAAAACCAGCUGUCUUGAAAGCUGUUCAAUGGCAGGUUAUGGGUCGCUUGGACCAUCUUGUGGAAGCUGUAUACAACAGGUUCAAAGAUCGUUAUUUCAUUGAUGAGAAGCUAUAUGUAGAAACACGAGGCGACAAAUUGUAUGCCAAGGUUGUCAAGGUUUUCCCCCCAACUUCCGCGACUAAUCGGUCGACUUCCACUUCAUCGCCUCUACUCCCUUCUGUUAAAGAGGAAGCCUUAACUGUGCAUGCAACUGGAGGAGACCUCAGGAUUCCUUUCAAAGAAGCACUCGUUAAGGACGACCCUUUGAAAUAUCUCUACCAAGUUCAAAUCCUGGAAGACCGCUACGAAAAGUGCUAUGAGAAAGGCAAGGUCCAGGCAAGAGCUCAAGUUAACCCAAGUGGGAAUCUGGUUGAUGUACAGUGCACUAGCAUGAGUCGAGAUCGUCUUGCUUUCUCGAAAUCUAUCCUGCGUCGUUUCAUUCGUGACUGCGUGGACCGUGAUCCUGCCGUUGCUUCUCCCUGGGUUGUCAAGUUGGAGAUUGCCAAGCGAUAUGGCCUUGCUUCCACCAUGACCGAAGAGACACGUAGGGGAGUUCAAGAUAUCAAGAAAGGAGAAAUUGACAAGAGAAAGAAAUUUUGGGAAGGUAAGGAGGGUUCGCCUGUCAAGAAGCAGAGGAAAUCCAUAGGAGGCCCAGGCGAGAGAGCAAAAACCAUCGCCGCAGUUGCUGAACAAAGGGAAAGAGAAGCGUUAGAAAAAAUAGAGAAGCAGCAAAAAGUCAAGGAAGAUACGGAACGCCUCGCUGCGGAGAAGAAGAAGAAGAAGCCAAUGCGAUAUCCAACGGAAGAUCUCGAUAUAUGGCUUUCCGACAAGGAAAAGAAGACCGGCGCAAAGUUAGUGAAGCCCGUUCCUAGUCGCGUAGCACUCCCAUUUGGUGAUGACCAGAAUAAUUUUGGUGCCUUUCUAAUGGUGUGGAACUUUCUGGUCGUUUUUGGUCAACCCCUGCAUCUAUCCACCUUCACGAUGGAUGAAUUUGAACAUGCAAUGGAGCACACUGCUGCUGAUGCGCCAUGUCAGCUCCUCGCAGAGAUUCAUUCAACACUGAUAUAUAAUUUGCGAUCCGUAUCAUUUACCCGACAUAGUGCUGUGCUGUCCUUGUUGCACACGGAAGAACAUUCUGGUGCACAAGAACCAGUCCUUGGUGUCUCCCUCAAGCAGCUAAUUGCCGCCAUGGCAGACGUGGGCAAUAAUUGGGAGAGGGUACCCCUACGGCACGCAGAUCUUAGAGUGGGUUGGGAAGAUGCCCUUGUGGGGUGCCUGAAAGAUCACGCAACUUUGGAAACAUUUCCUCGUUUAAGAGGAGUCCUGACUCAUUUAUUCUUUGGUCAAGAACAGGCUCAUGAACAACGCUCUUCUUCUGUGAGCUGUAGACCAAGUCCGUCGACGGUGACUAUCCAGUUAUCUCCUGGGCAACUUUACUAUGCUCUGCCAGCAACUGACAGGAUUGCUAUCUUGGCUUUUCUGUGCAACAUGGCGAUUUCUAGUAAGGCUAUACAUGCGCAUAUGGACUCUUGUGAGGAACAGCUCACAGCCUUGAGGAAGGAAAAGAUUGAGGUGAAUCGGAUGAAGAAACAAUAUGUAGAGGAGAUGAGUACGCUCGUCCAUCAAACUGAAGUAAAAGAUGAUUCUGCAACAACCCCCGGCGGAGACUAUUCCUUUCAAGACUCCAGCGACUUGUCCGAUAUUCCGUCAGAUAAUGACUUCGAAACCACACCCGGAGCGGGCCGCCCAAUGGCUGUAUUCCGUGAUAAGGCCCAUUACCGGCAAGAUCGCAUUCAAGCAAUGGCGAAGCAGAGGGAGCUCGCUAGAGCUAAAGUGGCAUCUACUAAACAAUCUUUGGCAGAGCACCGCCGCUUGGACGAAGAAGUCAAUAAGCUUGAACGGAGGCUUGAAGGCAUUGAAAGAGAUUUCAGAAAGCUAUUGGGGGCAAUUAGAGUUAAACCGUUGGGUAGAGACCGUUUCUACAAUCGGAUUUGGUGGUUUGAUGGUGUGGGCUCAGCGUCACUUCUUGGUAGUGGAGGUGUGGUUCAAUAUGGGACUGGUAGAAUAUUUGUUCAGGGUCCAAGUAUUUCCGAUGCAGAGAUGUUGGAUAAACGCAGGGUCAGUGGACUAGAUGCCAGAAGGACAGAAGAAGAAGGGGAGAAAGGUAUAUUAGGUGUUGGGGAAUGGGCUGUUUACGUCAAUAUUGAGGAGCUUGACGAUUUUGUGGCCUGGCUAAAUCCCAAGGGUAUUCGCGAGCUAGCUUUAAAGAAUAGUCUUAUGAAAUGGUGGAACCACAUAGUUCCUGGUAUGCGGAAACGUAUAGCGGAUUUGAGUAUGAGCGCGAAAGCUCCAGAGGCGCGACGUAGCAGAAGAACCAAGCCUACAGCAGGACACGAUUUUUCUAGGGAGCCCUAUAUGAUGUGGAUGAACCGCAAAGCGAUGAAUAUCUCUUGACUUACACGACUAUCAGGAUAUCCGAGUUAUAUGGGUCAAAUAUCCUUAUCUGAGUAGUGCAGUAGAUCCUACUGAUAUACUUGCAAUGAGAACUCCGAAAUUUCAGUUUCUUUUAAAACGCAGUAGAAAACUCC